CCAAGCCACAUCGCGUAAACCACCAGCUCAUCUUCACCACCAAACACCACCGCCAUCCCACAGCCAGCAACACCCCACCGGGGCCCACACCAACGCACCAAGACACCUAAUACCCAAAGAACAGUCGACGCGAGCACCUGGACGCCUCAUGCACGGCUAGCAAAAGUUAUGGGCCAGUAUCAAUUCUCGAAGGAACUAAAAAAGGAGACACGGUGGAAGAGAGCCGAAUUGGAGCCAUGGGUGUCCACACUGGUGUAUACGUUGAUCGCCGCCUACUUCAGACUGUACCGUAUAGGCUGGUCUAAGAGCGUUGUUUGGGACGAAGCACAUUUCGCCAGAUUUGGCUCCUAUUACAUGAACCACACGUUUUAUCACGACGUCCAUCCGCCUCUCGGUAAGAUGCUCAUUGCGCUCAGUGAGUGGAUCGCAGGGUUCCACGACCCUGAGUUUGCCUUCAAGUCAGGCUCCAAAUACCCUGAGGAGGUUGAUUUCGUCACAAUGAGAGUGUUCAACGCGUUGUUCAGCAUCGCCGUGAUUCCGCCAGCGUAUUGGACAGCCAGAUGGCUGUCAUACAAGCCGCUGACGGUUCAUUUGAUUACCCUGAUGGUUGCCUUGGAAUCCUCCUUCAUAACACUGGGUAAGUUUGUUCUGCUGGAUUCCAUCCUCCUGUUCUUCACAGCAACAACGUUUAUGAGUUUGGCAAAGAUCAUGCAACUGAAGCGUAGAAACUUGGAGUUCUCCAAAGAAUGGUACACAUGGAUGGUGAUCUCCGGGAUAUCCAUCGGCUGUGUAUGCUCUGUGAAGUGGGUUGGUCUUUUCGUCACGGUUCUUUACGGCCUGUUCGUCAUACAGGACCUCGCUGAGAAGCUGUUUGACAAGGGAAUCUCAUGGAGGAAGUAUUCAAAGCACUGGCUUGUGCGUAUAGCCACUUUGGUGUUUAUUCCAUUUGUCAUCUAUGCCGUCUGUUUCAAGAUCCAUUUCUCCAUUCUUUAUAAGACAGGGAAAGGCGAUUCCUCAGCGUCCUCUCUCUUCCAGGCACAGCUGGAAGGGACAAAGAUUUCGAGCUCACCACGAGACGUUGUGUUUGGUUCAGAAGUCACGAUAAGAUCCAAGGGAUUGAGUACAAAGCUGUUACAUUCUCAUACGAAGAAGUAUCCAUCAGGGUCUCUUCAAAAGCAAGUCACAACGUAUGGAUUCUUCGACGCAAAUAACAACUGGAUCUUCAAAUUUGCCCGUCGAGAUGGGAGAACUCUGAACAACUCGACAGAUCAUAUCCCAGUUAGAGAUGGUGAUGCAGUCAGACUUGUCCACAAGGCCACUGGGGCAAAUUUACACAGCCAUGAGAUCCCUGCACAUGUUUCCUAUCAGCAUUAUGAGGUUUCUUGUUACGGAGAUGAUAAGAUCAGAGAUCUUAAAGACGAUUGGAUCGUCGAAAUCGUCUCUCAGGCGUUCCCAAAGAACCAAUCUUAUGCCAAUGAGGACAGAGCCGUUAUCCAUCCGUUGUCCACCACUUUUAAACUGAAGCACGCUGUGCUUGGCUGCUAUUUGGCCUCAACUGGCCUUCAAUACCCAACAUGGGGUGCCAGACAAGGCGAAGUUGUCUGUAAGUUUUCUGGGAAUCCAUUUGACACAUCAACGCAUUGGAACGUUGAAAACCACAAGAACAAUAAGCUGACCAUCGAUGAGUACUACGUUCCACCGGCUUCCAAUUUCUUUGAAGACUUCAUCCGUGUGAACUUUGCCAUGGCUGCUUCCAACAAUGCUUUGGUUCCGGAUAGUGAUAAGUAUGACAAAUUGGCAUCGAAAUGGUGGCAAUGGCCAACUCUGUACCUGGGCAUGAGAAUGUCAGGUUUCACUGACGAUAAGCUGAGAUAUUUCCUUAUCGGUAACGUCUUCAACACCUGGGGCUCUUCGCUGGCUGUUGUCAGCUUCGCCUUCCUUACCUUGUACUACAUAAUAAGGCUUCAAAGACAGACUCUCGACUGUGACUAUGUGACGUUCUGGAACUAUACCACCAAGGGACUGUAUCCGUUCUUGGGCUGGUUGCUACACUUUUUACCGUUCUGCCUCAUGGGGAGAGUCACAUAUGUGCAUCACUACCCUCCAGCGUUGUUCUUUGCACUCUUCGUACUCGGCUACAUGAUCGAGCUGACCGUUGGGAGCUCACGCAACGCCACCAAGCACACAGGCUACGCCAUAAGUUUCGGCCUCUUACUGUUCACCUUCUGGUAUUUCAGGGAGUUCCAUCAAGGUAUGUCCGGCAGCAAGGACAGCUACAAGCACCUCAAGCUGCUUCCAACAUGGAACUUCUAG